UUGAUUUCUAUAUGUCAUGCUGCUCUCAUUCAGGGCAGAGUGGUUGUAGUGCUACCAGGACAACUUGCGUAACUGACAUAGACUUGGCACAAGAAGAAGUCUUGUGGAUCAAUUUGACUUCUGGAGGCGUUAAAUCUGAGAAAAAUCAUACAUCAUUGAGUUACUGGUUCCUAAAUUAUCAAGAUGGAUCAUACCACUGUGCCUACCAUUCUUCCCCUUCCAUCCACCAGCAAUGACUCUACCUGCGAUACCUUAUAUGCCCACCGGGACUAUGCCAAGGUCCUCAUGCCUAUUUUCUACUGCAUUGUAUUCUUUGUGGGGCUGUUCGGAAACUGCCUCGCCCUCCAUGUCAUCCGUCCCAAUCUGAAGAAGAUCAACUCCACCACCUUGUACUCACUCAACCUGGUCAUUUCCGACAUCCUCUUCACCCUCUCUCUUCCUGUGAGGAUUGCCUACUACGCCUUGGGCUUCCACUGGCCUCUGGGUGAGGUGAUAUGUAAGAUGUCAGGCCUCAUCUUCUAUAUCAACACCUACGCAGGAGUCAAUUUCAUGACCUGCCUCAGUGUAGACCGUUUCAUUGCUGUGGUCCUGCCGCUGCGCUAUGCCCGAUUCCGGAAGGUUAGUAAUGUGCGCUACAUUUGUGUUGGCGUGUGGGUGCUAGUCCUAGCACAGACACUCCCCCUGCUCGGCAUGUCCAUGACCAAUAAGGAACCAGAUGGCUUCAUCACCUGUAUGGAAUACCCCAACUUUGAGAAAGUCGACCAUAUUGCCACUACUCUGAUUGGCGCUGUCUUCAUUGGUUAUGUCAUCCCUGUGAUCACCAUCCUGGUGUGUUACUCAGUCUUGUGCUCCAAACUCCAUUCCACAGCCAAGAACAACCAUUUGACCGAAAAGUCCGGUCGGAACCGCAAGGCCAUCGGUGUAAUCUGCUGUGUGUCCCUGGUGUUUGUCAUCUGUUACAGCCCCUAUCACAUUGACAUCCUGCAGUACAUGAUCCGCAAGCUGUCGUCGAGCCCUGAUUGUGCUGACCUCACAGCCUUUCAGGUGUCGCUGCACAUCACUGUGUGUCUGAUGAACCUCAACUCUAGCUUGGAUCCUUUUAUCUAUUUCUUUGCCUGUAAGGGCUACAAGAGGAAACUCAUGAGGCUGCUGAAGCUGCAAGUCAGCAUGUCCUUCUCCAGUGUAGGGAGGACUUCACCUGAAGGCUCUUCCAGGGAUAUUAUUGAUGGCAACAAUAUCCAACUCACCAACUCAACUGUAGGUACAACCAGUGAGAGACACUCAGAGAGGAGAUCACACCGAUAAGAGUAAAACUGAGGCACGAAAAGUUACACAAGAUGAGAGAUACUUUUAUGUCUCAGUGCGCUUACAUCGAUCAAGCUCAGUCAAUUUGUGUCUCAAAUGGUUUUGAACAUUGAAAUGGACUCACUUACACCAUCAUGGACUCCAAGCAGCUACUCAGCAUCUGGAUCCAUUCUGUAGGAAUUCAGGUGUAUUGGACCAGAUCUGUUUACACAAGGGAAGGUUUAUGAAAUAUCAUCAACAGAAUGACUGAGAAAAGGGAGAAGAGGGAAAAUCCAGCACCUCUUGUGUUUAUAUAUUUUCUAAUUAAUAAUUAGUGAAUUGGUCAAGAAAGCAGAGACUGUUGCAGCUAAGGAAAGAAAGCAUGCUUGCCAGUAACCUGAGUGCUGGUGAGGUAGAGCCCAAAGCAGAGCAGUGGUGGAAGAAGACUGUCACUUGAUAAAGAGCUGGAAAAGACAUUAUUAGACAUCAACAAGUUGACAUGAAGUCCUACCCACAUUCAAAUUACACUGCUGAUUAGAAAAAUAGUGAAAAAAUAGUGAAAACUUAGUACAUGUAUGUGAAGAGUUAUAUUCCUAAAAGCAGUAUACUCACUUGAAGGCAACAACCAUUUGCAACCUCACAUCUGAGCCCAUCCUCACAGUGUUACUUUUAUAACUGAGUUGUUAAUCUACUCAGUAGAUAUGAGUUUCAUUCCAAAAUAUCCUCAGCCUUUCUGCCUCAAGUUUCAGUACUCAGCUGCAAUAUCUCAGGAUAAUUGAUAAACUGCACACUCAUUAUUGCAGCCUGCCUGCCAGCUGAAGUGGUUGGAGGGGCACCCCAUAUUUGUCUGCUUAGCAUUUAUUUCCUCACGAUAAAAGUGGGUGUGGUUGAUGAUGUCAUUUGUCAAAGCUUGUAUUUUGAGCUGUUUUUUGAGUUCUACCAAAAUAUUAAAUAGCAUUGUCAAUUUUGGUUUCAACGCAGUUAAGAAAGCAGUAAUAACAUAUUUGCAUGCUAAAAUUAGGUGUCAAUUCAUUUUUUCAAAAUGCUGGAUCUGUUGACAUAUGGAAUAGUUUCUGUUUGUACAAAGUAGCAGUUUCAAUGUGUUUCAUGUGGGAUUUGUCUUUAUGUUGGGUUUAGUUUCACUUACUGUGAUACCACAUGUAUGAUCAGCAUACAGCAAUUACCACACAUACAACAGGUCACGUGGAUAACAAUCUUGGUUGAAUGUCACUGUUGAAUGCAAAACAGUGAGAGAACUCAACUCUGUUGAUGUGUAGUAUGAUUAUUUUUACUUUUCUACAAAAGAAGUCCUUUGACAGUGAAAUGGUGUGGGGGUUGAUUGGAUAAGUGAUAGGAGUCAUAUGAUGUAGCAAAAGUAUAUCCUUGUGUUAGGCCCUGUGUUGUUCAUCAUUUCAAUGUGAGUCAGUUCUACUGUCACCAGUAUAGGAGCCACCAGAAAUUCCAUUAUUCCAAAUUAAAUAUGUAACAUGCAAAAAUACUAACAAAGUGAUAUUGACAUUUAACAUUUUUAUAUUAAAUUAUUUAUUUCUACAAUACAUGCAGGGUAACUACUGUGCGGUUAAGGUGUGGUUAAGGUUAAGGACCAUAUUAUGGUUAUGGUAAAUGGUUUAGGUAUGGUUACCAACUAAGACACUUGGUUGGGGGUUAGACAGAGCUGUUAUAUGUGGUUACGGUUUUAAAAAACCAAAACGGAAUAGUUCACUAUGAACAUAAAUCCUGGGCUGGUGUAGUACCCCAGCCUAAUUAUCCACAGUAUUAGUACAAUAUCAACAGAUUAACAAACAAAAUGAAUCGUAUGGUAAAACAGGUGACCCAUCUACAUAGAGCAUGUGUGUUGUCUUUAAACUAAAAGGAAGGUGUGUGCUGAUUCUCUGGUAAUAUUUCUUAAAUAGCAGAUGAAUGAGAAUGACGUCUCUUCUCCACAUUGAUGUCAAACACAUCUUUAUGCAGAUGAUAUGGUUUUAUUUGUUUUAUUUGUUGCUGAUCAUGCUCAUGCAAUUCAAAAUGCUCUUUUUCAUAUUCAUACAUCAAUUGUCAUAGAGUCAUUUAUUGACAUGAUACUACCAUUAUAAUAAGGUUUGUUGGUCUAUCUGAGAGAUGAAUGGACAUUAAUCAUUUAUUUAAAGCUGUUAUCAGAAAAAUUCUAACUUUGCUGCAAUACUUGCAUUGCACAACACUAGGGGAAGUAGAGCAAGCAAAACAGAAACAAUUCUCAUCUCAGCCAUUCCUCAUGUAUCAUCCCGUCCCUACACCCAGCAGGCCUCGACAACAGAUGGCACAGAAACAAGAUACAAGUGAAGAUAAAGGAAAGCAAGACAAAGUACAGGAAAAGUUCCUCAGCGUACGUUUCAUCAUGUUGAUUGCAAAGCUCACCAGCCAGCAAAGCAACUGCUAAGGCUCGAGCAAAACCACAAAGCAGAACAUUUUCUCACAGUGAACAAAACACAAUACGGUACUUCUUGAUCUUAAGUUUCACUUUUACAAUAAAACAUAUUUUUCCUAAAGCGCAUUACCUUAUCUGUUACAUAACAGUCUAUGACAAUUGGGACAAAAAAAGUAACCAAUUGUUGUGUUGUGAUUGUUUUAAAGGAAGAAGUUAACACAAUGUAGCUACACCUCUGAAACCUGGCAGAUAUAGUAGCAUAUAAACAGAUAAUUAUGUAAAUAAUAUAAAUGUAAUGUCCAGAAAUUAAUUAGAGUUAAAUUCAUUGAAUAACGUUAUCUGCAUUUCUUUUGAGUUUCACUUUUGAAUUAAAGCAUCUAAGUUCAGUUACCAACUGUAGGAAGAUAUGGAGAGAGAGAAAAAGGACAUAAAAAAAGAGGUACAGGUGGGGGGAAAGGAGACAUAACACAGAACAAUACAUGAGAUGAUUACAAAGAUACAAUUCCAUGCCAUCAUGUUCAUAAAAUGAAAAAAACUUAGUUUGGAAAAGCUUAAAAUAUGAAUCCAUUAAUAUAAUAAUAUCAUCUUACAUAAUAAGAAAUGAAGUAUCCUAAGAAGUAUCCUAAGACAAAAAACCAUCAUGGGGCACAGACUGCUGUCUCUGCAAGUUUUGUAGUGAUUAUUUUCAGCCUCUAGAGGACAGUGUAGUCCAAGGUAAAGAGGUGAUUGUAAAGGAAGUUAGAUGGGCUGUACACCAAAUAUGAAUAUUGACAGACGCAACAGAAGAUAAUCAAUUAAUCUUUUAUUUAAAUAUUGUUCUCUGUCAGUUAAAUAUAGUGCAAGAAUGUCAGUGUGGAAAUGAUUUAAUUGGCAGUUAAGGGAAGCUCAGUAAGACAGAACUUGAUGCUGUCAGACCUGCAAGUAUAUAUGCACAUAGUAUAUAUUUUAUUUUACUGGUGAAUAAUAAAGUAUUUAUUAUGGAGUGGAGGACUUACUGAAGCAACCACAUGACAAGUAGAGAAAACAUCACACAGACUGUUGUCAUAACAACAUAUUGCAAUGAACACAAAGUACCAUCUGGUAUGAGAGUUUUAAGACACAUCGAGAGGACGAGCCGAUAGAUAAUUAUUUCCCAGGAAUAAGAAUGAGACAGAAUGAGCAGACUCCAUAUGAACGCUGUACUGAAAAUAUAGCAAAAAAAAAAAAAAAAAAAAUCAUCAGCAUCAAAGCGAACCAACUUUCAAAACUGCAUUAUCAAAACAAACAUGACAAAUCAAUAUGACCUUUUGUGGAGGUCAAGUGGACAGUGGAGUGCAGUCACAAGGCAAAAGAGGAAAUGCAGGAUAUGGGAAAGUGUGAUUUUUAGUUUCCAUUUCAUAAGAAUUCUAUAGUGGCAAUGGAAAACACCGUAUAGGAGAUAAGGGGAAGAAGUUUUGAUUGGACAAUGUUCUUUGGGGCAAAUGUCCUCCUAAUUCAUAGUUGUUACCAAUUCACACACACAUUAAUCACACACAUUAAUCUGUAUUCAAUCCGGGUCCAGACUGACCUUGAGUGUUUCACCUGAGGUAUGCGCUCUGCAUCCAUUAAGUCGGCGUGGUGUAAAACCAUCUCACAGCAUCAGCGUGAAGUGUCUAUUACCGCCGUCUUAUUUCCUGUUUAUAUGGCAACUGCCUCAACAUCCUGUUUUUAAUUACUUCUCUCCAGCAGCAGAUGCUUCUCACAGCAACCUGCUGUGGAUUACUCCCCUGAGAACUAAUGUGCUGUGACAGACCCCACUUUUCCAAUCAAUAACUCGCCCUAAAUCUGCCAUCUCUCUGCCUGCCAAACACACUCCCACUUCUAAUGGCACAUCAUUUUCUUUAAGGGGGUGUAAUUGCAGACAGUGGAAAGCUGUAGCCCUUUGUGUUCCGACUACGUAGAUACUGUAAAGGAAUCUAAAGUACAGAAACUACUACCACACACAGUCAACACAGGAAGUGAUGGGGGCUUUAGUCUGUGUUCAGUCUCGCCACCAUUUCCAGCGCAUUACCCUUUAAGAAAGCAUUCACUUCCCCAUUUUGGCUGUUAGACCAGAGUGCUCAGAUAAAUCGCUGUGCCGCUUCAUAAACCUGUUGGCACAAGCUUGUCAACAUGUUUGUGUGAUUUCUGUGAUUUCAAACUCGUGGACUAAUGAGAGAUUAUUUCUACAUAAUGUUCAAAAUAUGAAGCUGGAUCUAAACUCGUCUAACAUGUCUGUGGUGUCUGCUGCUGUGAGGCCAGAGCAGGGCCCG